UCUGGGAAGACAGCCUUUUCCGGUUAGAGUUGGUACUGUUCAGUACAGUCAGUCUGUGUCUGUCUGUGUUAGAGCAAGUGAAUUUCUUGUUCGAUUGCUGGGACCCAAGUCUUUUUCUUCCCCCUCCGUUUCCCUGGCAAUUUUUGUGUGUAGUACAUAAUGUUUAGGGCAGUCAUUCGUUGCGCUUCGACUAAUUUGAGGACUGUAGUCAGGAGUUAUCAGCCAGCAGUAAUAGCUGCACGUAGCUACUCACAUGGAAAACAGGAAACGGAUGAGGAGUUUGAUGCUCGUUGGGUAACCUAUUUCAACAAACCAGACAUCGAUGCUUGGGAGCUAAGAAAAGGGAUGAACACACUGAUUGGGUAUGAUCUGGUACCUGAACCAAAAAUCCUUGAUGCUGCUUUGAGGGCUUGCAGAAGGCUAAAUGACCUUGCUAGUGCUAUACGUAUCCUAGAAGCUGUUAAGGACAAAGCUGGACCUCGCAAAGAGAUUUACCCAUAUGUUAUCCAGGAGCUAAAACCCACAUUAAAUGAAUUGGGAAUCCCCACUCCAGAGGAACUUGGACUUGAUAAGGCAUAACUGUAAACUACAAAGG